AUGAGAAACAUGAGCUCAUGUUCCAGCUUCUUUCUCCUUUCAGUUAUCAUUCUUCACCUCGCCUUAAUCAGUUUGGAACGGUCCAUCGCCAUGAGAUUCGCCUUGCGAUACCACAUCAUAGUAACCCAUCGCCGGGCACUGAUCGUUUCUAUCGCCAUGUGGCUGUGGGCUGCCGCCGUUUUGUUUGUUGUCCCACAGGUCCUUAAAGCAUCCAUCGACGAUUUCGAACAGUUACGCCAGGCGAUGAAUCCGUAUAGUAAGGCUCCUGAAGUACCCCCAAAUCGUGACCUGCCUCCUUUAACUAAAGGAUAUCUCAUAUUCUUGUUGAUAACACUGUUGGUUAUCCCCCUAGUUAUUAUCUUAUGGUCCUACUCCUACAUCUUCAUCGUGUCUCUUAAGAACGGAAGGCAGAUCAGAGAACAAGCUGACAUCUCAGGAUUACCUCGAAUCAAGCAUGAAAUAAAAGCCAACCGCACUCUCGCCGUGGUGAUAGGAGUAUGCCUUCUCAGUAUCAUACCGUUGUUGGUUGUGACAUGCCUUCGCUUUUUUGGGAAGCUGCCAGAGUGUGGCCAUCCAGAACGUAGGCCUUAUAAGUUUAUCGUUUACGACGUGGCAACUGGCUUGAACGCCAUCUGCAAUCCUCUUAUUUACGGAUGGAAAAAUAAAGAAUUCAGAAGAGCUUUUGUGAAAGUGCUGAAAUGCACUUAGAACGUUUACUUUCCUAGGCAGUCCUAGGAGGAAAGUGAAAACUUUUGUUGCUCUGGAAAGCAUUCUGACUGACAAAACUUUUUAAAUGGAGCAUUAAGUACAUGUUAAUACGUUAGUAAGUAAAAUAGUAAGAAGCUUAUUUUAACACUUACUACCUAAGAGCUGAAAAACUCAUUCGAAUCUGCACGUCAUUGCAAUAUUUCUAGUGGUUCCAAAAGGAAAUCUAAGUGCUGCGAGCAGAUCAUCUUCAGUAACACGCGUUAUAUUCUAUGUAUCUUCUCACUUCGGUUCGAUUUGUAUAUGUACGUUAAUAGUAAUAAUAAAACUAAUAUAGCGCAGAUACCAAUAUUGCUAAUAUUGCAGCGCUUCAAAAUGAAAAUAGUUGAAAAAAAACAAAUGACCAAGACUACCUAAUGUAUACAAAGUGUAUGAGCCUAACAAAAAGAGUUUUAAAAACAAUUACGUCAACACCAAAAAUAUAAAAAUUACCUAGACUACUUAAAUCGUAAAAAAGAUUGCUUAAAACCUCCUUAAAACGAGAUUAAAAAGCACAUGAAAUUACAAAAAAGCUUCUUGAAAUAAAAAUGUCUUGAGUGUCUUUUUAAAAGGUGUUACUGAGGGGCUACUCCUAAUCGUAUAGGGCAAUGAAGUCUAUAGCUGAGGAGCAGCAGCAGCAAAAGAUCGAUCUCCUAACGCUGUUAAAGUCUUGAAUUUCACAGGGUUUAGUAGCAGUCCAACACGAUCCGCGCGUAACUUGUAUUUACAUACUUCUUUAACAUUAAUGUAUGUUUACGAGAGUAUCGUCCUACGUCUUAUUUAGGUCACAAUUUCCUGCUCCUUGCACUCAAAGCCUUUUGUAAAUGACCCAAUUCUUCGAAAAAAGCCCAGCAACUCCUGUUCGUGACAAGUAGUACAAGUAGGCACUAAAUAAGAAAAAACACUAAAUAAGGAAAAAACAUAUCAAUCUUUCUAAAUAAUCGAUAAGUCAAGUGAGAAGUGAAUCGAGUACAGCAAAUGUUGAGCAAGCGUUUCAAUUGUCAGCUAUUUUGUUGAACGUCACAGUGCACGAAAGCGAGGCAAAAUGUCCUACUAACAUCUGGUGACGGUUUGAACUAGUAUCUGAAAAGACUACGGAAAAAUUAUAACUAUAAUGUCUCAAUAUCUGCUUUCGACUUUAGGGGAACGCAACUCCUAUUCUUCGGAAACCUGUGGUACUUGGUCGUCUUGAAGUAGUCAGCUUAACCUUUUCAUCAAGAUUUUCCGUCGUUCGUCUGUAUUUUCGGUCCGUGUACUCGUAUGUUUAUAAUGUUUAAUCGACGUCUGAUAUCUUGCCAAGCAAUACAAGUUUAAUUGGCCUACUCGCACUGAAUGAAGACGAACAUUUCGCUCAAUGGCAAAAUAUUUUGUACCUUAACCGAUGUUAGAUUCAUUCACAUCUGUUAUCUCGCAAAAACCCUUAAUAUAUGUUUCUGACGCUAUAACGACUAAAAACGCUCGCUUGUUGCAAUAUACUCAUGGACAAACAAAACCUUCCUCGAUUAUUAAUUGCAGGUUUACCCUGUGGUUCUUUGUUUUGCUGAAAGGCAAUUUUGUGUACCGUCAAAUGAUCUAAUAGACUCCUGGGACGUCUAUUUAUUGUUGGGAACCCAAGCGGGGGCGUUUGAUAAACAGGAUGCGUUUAAAAGAAAGAGGCGUUUAUUACAGAGAUCACGUUUACUCGGCGGUGUCGAAGUUUUCCCCUUAAUAGUCGUUUACUGUUUAUUACGUCUACUCAAAACUAUUUUGUUCCACGCCAGCUUUAUCCAUAAGAAUUGUUCUGAACAGUUUGUAUCUUCUUAUUUUCUAUUCUGAGCAAUUCUCAAGUUAAAUCUGCCGUUUGCCGUUUGCCAUGAACGAGACUCUUAAUCUCUUUGCUCUCAUAACUGUAACAAGCUCCACAAAAAUAAAAUGUAUUCGACGAAUAUACCACCACAGUAUAUAAUUAAAUAGCAGACUAUCCACUCCAUCGGCAUUAAUACGUCUAGACCCUGUGUUUUUCAAUCCUCAGCUUUUGAUGUCAGAAUCCUUACUGUGAACUUGAUUUGACGUUGAACAAGAUGCAAUGCGCAUACUUUCUUGCUAAUCAAAAAAAGAAACUGAAUAAAUUGAAUUGCUUUUCUCGUUUUUGCUAAUUCUUAGCAUUCUGGAAUAAUUGUCUUGGAGCUCGAGGGCUUCUAUUAGACGUUGUGUCCGGUUUUCGUAUUGGGAAUUGAAUUGAGCGUUUUUUAGAAAUUGCAUCCAAACUUCAUCUGUUUAUAUUAUCUGAGUCGAAAUACUGAAAUGCCGUUGUCGUUUUAAGUAAUAACAGUGGUGUGUAUACUAAGUCAAGUAGUAUAGUAGGGAUGAAAUUAAUUUUUUUGCGGGGGAGCUCAGUAACUUGCGAGGGAAUACAUUAAUGCCGAUGACGUCAUAACCUUUUGUCUUCAUCUCAUGAAUAAAAUGCGCAAGAAUUUCGUUAACAUAAGGUCGUGUGUUAUUAUAAUGCACCUAUCAAUGUAAAUCCCGUGGUGGGGGAAUGAGUGCGGGCAAGGGGAGGGGAUUUGAUGCCUGGGACUAUCCUCGCUGUCGGGCUUUUGAUCAUGCGAAGCGACCCCGGGGUCGGGACAUUUGACUUUGACCGACAGAAGCCUGGUAUCAAUUCAGAAGCAGUUACCAAGUCCGUCCCUCGAGGCUUCCUGAAAGUCACGCUGUUGGAGGAAGGUAUGAAGUUUUCAUUUGUUUUAAUCACCAUAAUCCGAUACUUUAAACUGUCAUCUAAACAGAUAAUGUCUAUUUUGAGAAAGUUUUUAUCUUCAAGUUCCCAUCUGAUUGUAAAACUCCACCAUGAAAGUCAGAGGAUUUUUAUGGGUCACUGAUCCGACCUGUUCCGACAUGUUGAGCAGCUGUUUUAAAGCAUUUUACGUUUUAUUAAUAUUAUAUAGCACGGUCAAUCCUCCUGGAGUGAUUUUAUUGUUCAAGAUAACAGAUGCUAGUGGAGAGAGAAUACCUAAUUACAGCGAGUAAUUUAAUGGAGCUUCCGUUAACCGUAAAUAAAAGUAGUAACAACGUGUUUGAAAUGUUCUUUUAUUCGUUUUAUAUAGCAUUAUAGCAUUGUUUGUUUAGAUUUUUCCCCCUGGGUUGGAGGCUUUUUUGACACUUUUGAUUGACCUUUCGUUUCCCACCCUGGGGAAUUUGAUCGAAGAAUUUUAAAAUUUGUCAAAUCCCCACCCCUUGCCCGCACUUUCCCCUCACGGGGUUUACAUUGAUAGGUGCAUUGGUUGAGAGAAAGGUAAUAAAUAUGCAAAUCCUACACUUUUAUGCACUCUGAUAAACAUGUCCAAACUUGUCGUACCUCUCCAUUGUUUCCGACUCAAACUCGGGACCGCCGGAUUGCGAGUCCGAUGCGCUGACCCUCGGUCACGCUGCCUCCCGUACUACGAGUUGAUUUUUGCGCAGGAUUUUUCUUCUUUAGAGGAAUGUUUUUCUCUUUCGCUGGCCCGGGAUCGUAAGGGCUUAGGUAAUGGCAUUUCGUCUUGCUUUCAUCUCGCAAAGUAUUAUAAUCUCUUUUUUCCUUUUUUCAGUCGUGGAUUUGAAAUUUUUGCUGCUCAGUCUCGGUUUUAUAUCAAUUUAUACACCAAUUUUCCUUAUCCGCUUGCUCGAUACAUUCGUUACUUUAAUUAUUUUUUUUUUACCAUAUUUAGUAAAUUCUCAGUACUGCCUUUAUACAUGAUCUAAGACGGCUUUUCGCUCCAGUUUUUGCCCGGGAAACGUUUGUUUAAGAACGUCUUGCUUUAUAUAAAGUUGCUGCUUUUUGUCAAUGCCAAUCUCAUUUAUAAUAAUAAUAAUAAUAAUAAUAGUAGUAAUAAUAAUAAUAAUAAUAAUAAUAAUAAGUAUGUGUAAUCAAAUGGUGACGAGUGAAAUUGGGGAAUAAUUUCACGCGCGUUUUGUCCGAAUCCUUAUAAUUUCCCGAGCCUUUAGGCGAGGGCAAUUAUUAAGAUUGAUUACCUAUUCAUAUCAUGGGUGACGAAUUACGUUAGCAAUCGAGGAUUUUUGACUUGUUUAUCCUGGAUCGUAUCGAUCGAUCGUGAACUCCACUCUCAAACGUUUAGAGCUAAAAUUUGGCUUAAGUUUUCAGAAUUUUUCGACAACAUACCUCUAAGAAUCCUUCUUGAUGUGUUCUUUGGUGUGUUCAGGUUUUCUAAAGCGUCUUUUUAUGCCCUGACUUCUUCAUUCAUGACAUUUUAAAACUUCGUCGCCAUCUUGAAACGAAGACG